GGGGGCGGAGCCUCGCGCCGGUAGAUGGUGUCGAAUGAAAAAAAACGGCGAGCCGGUUGAAAGAAAAAAAGACUCGCGAGGGAGAAGUUUCCUGGGUUUUUCUGAACUCACCCUAAAUCCCAGUGAAGUGUUUCAGAACUCACUGGAUCACGGACAAACACUUUCUUGUAACUUUGGAGAUUUAAAAAAAAAAAAAAACAUCAGUACCAGGAGUCUUUACCGUCAGGAUCCCUGCCACCCCAGCGCCGUAUCCAUAUAGUGUGUUGUCUUGCUGUGUGAGUGUGUGUGUGUGUGUGAGAGUGUGUGUGGGGAAACGAUUCAGCUUGCUUUGUGCGCUUCACCAUGGGUGACAUCAGUGAUCUGGACCGACAGAUCGACCAGCUGCGGAGAUGUGAGCUCAUCAAGGAGAACGAGGUCAAGGCUCUGUGUGCCAAAGCCAGAGAGAUUCUUGUGGAAGAGAGUAAUGUACAGAGGGUGGAUUCUCCAGUCACAGUGUGUGGUGAUAUCCACGGACAGUUUUAUGACCUGAAGGAGUUAUUCAGAGUGGGAGGUGAUGUUCCAGAGACAAACUACCUUUUCAUGGGAGAUUUUGUGGACAGAGGCUUUUACAGUGUUGAGACUUUCCUGUUGCUCCUAGCUCUUAAGGUGCGCUACCCAGACAGAAUCACGCUGAUCCGAGGCAACCAUGAGUCCAGACAGAUCACGCAGGUGUAUGGCUUCUACGAUGAGUGCUUAAGGAAGUACGGCUCUGUCACAGUGUGGAGGUACUGCACCGAGAUCUUCGACUACCUCUCCCUGUCGGCCAUCAUCGACGGCAAGAUUUUCUGUGUGCAUGGUGGCCUCUCGCCCUCCAUCCAGACUUUGGAUCAGAUCCGAACCAUCGAUAGGAAACAGGAAGUGCCGCACGACGGGCCAAUGUGCGACCUGUUGUGGUCAGACCCUGAAGAUACCACGGGCUGGGGAGUGAGCCCAAGAGGAGCGGGAUACCUGUUCGGCAGCGACGUCGUGGCCCAGUUCAACGCCGCUAAUGACAUAGACAUGAUCUGUCGAGCCCACCAGCUUGUCAUGGAGGGCUACAAGUGGCACUUCAACGAGACCGUGCUCACUGUGUGGUCUGCACCCAACUACUGCUAUAGGUGUGGGAACGUAGCAGCCAUCCUGGAGCUGGACGAGCACCUGCAGAAAGAGUUUAUUAUAUUUGAAGCUGCCCCACAGGAAACCAGAGGCAUUCCCUCCAAAAAGCCGGUGGCUGACUACUUCCUGUGAGCCUGCCGCAACUGUAGGAAAGGAAAUGCCGCCUUUGCAGGAAGCGUCAUCAUAUAUUUACCUGUGUUUCUCUCUGUCCCACCCUUCCCUGCCCAGGUGUCUUAACUGUGCGUUCUUUUUCUUUUUAAGACUUUUUCCUUUUUUCUUUUUUUUUUCCUUUUUGUCUUUCUGCUUAUUUUCUCUCUUAGCCACGCACUGUCACCUAAACUUCUGUUCUGUCUCUCUCUCUCUCUCUCUCACACACACACACACACACACACACACACACACACGGACAGAGACUGGCUUUGUAGUUCCUCAUACUGCUGUAAAGUCACUUGCUCUCAUAAAUACACUGUAGCUGUAUGCAGUUCUAACCAAUGUGAAUAGCACUAUGGUCAGUUGAAAGCAGCAGGGAAAUGGAGGUAAAGACGGAUAUGGUGUUUUGCAGACUCAUCAAAGAGCCCUCGUUUGUUUAAGGAAAUCUAUCGGAUAUCCGCAUUACUUUUUUUUUUUUUUUCCUUUCUUUUUUUUUUUUUUUUAAACUCUUUUCAUCCUCUGUACCCUUUGUUUUAAACAUGUGGGCAAACGAAAGUGACACUACUGCCCAUUGUUAUAGUUUAUGCAUCUUUUUUUUCCCCUCUUGAGCCUUAGUCUUACAGGUUUUGACUUUUGUGAAGGAAUGCCUACGAUCCCUGCAGUGAUCAGGAGCCACACUGGAAAGUAUUGGAACAAAACCAAACUUUUAGGCAACAUGCUUUUUUUCCUCCCAUCUGACUUCUCUCAAUAGAGGAAAUGUUGAUUUUUAUUAUUUUGUGACAAUAAACUGUACUUUUGUAUGAACAUAA